AUGAAGUAUUCAAUUUUAACUUGGCUUGUUAUAGCAUCGUAUACAGUAUUGGCUCAAGAUGGAACAACUGCAACAGGGUAUACCACGACUAUAGUGAUUCCUGGCUCUCCACCAGGUGGCACAGCUACCCAAAACGGAGGUACAGAAAAUACAGGGACCGUUCAUACAACUGAGCAUUUAACAACGGGAACUGAAGAAACCCAUACCACUGGUACCACACCAGAAACAACAACUAUUGUUGUUCCAACGACCACUUUUGAGAAUACAACUACCCAUGAAACCUCAGCUGAAAAUACAACCACUGUACACCAUAAUACAACCACUAUUCAUCCAAAUGCAACUGGAACGGGAACGGAAACUGAAACUGAAACAAGAACUGGCACCUUAACAGGUACCGGAACUGAAGGACCAGCACUUACAACAACAACUGUUGCUGAAGCCUUUUCAUUGGCUGCUGGUGCAUCUUUGGGAUACUUGGUUGCUUUAUUGUUCUUAUAG